AUGGUGCCCAUUGACCUGCAUUACAGAGCCCUAUCCGGUGCUCCUCCGCCCAAACUGUCAGCAAUCAAAGUCAAACUCCAAGCGAUCACCCUCUUCGGCUCAAAGCCUUGGUCAGACUUUCCCGACUUGACCAAUCCAGUAACUUGGGGCCGCCACCAGAACCAUUAUACAUACCCGGUGUCGUUAGCAGAUAUGCAGCCCGGCCCUCUGAAGUGGCAGCCGAAGAACACAGAUGAUGAGACCUCGCCGAGCUUCAGAUCCACAAUCCAGGUGCCCGUGGAGCUUCCCGGUGAUUUCGACUACCCCCCAACAUUCAGCCACUGCUUCAUCUCCCGGGUGUAUGCCUUGAGGGUCGACAUCUGUUAUCGGGCCCCGGGUGCGUGGGGGAGAAGCAGAGUGUCGUUGACUGUUCCGCUGCAGAUAUUGUAG